GUACCGAAUAUUUGUGGGAGGGUUAUCGUGGGACAUCACGGAGCGUCAGCUCGAGAAUGCCUUCAGUCGCUUCGGCAAAAUUAUCGAUUCUCAGGUUACAUUUUUUUUAAAAAAAUAUUUUUGUUGAUUUCUGCUCUGAUCUGUAUGUCUGAAACGGGAUUGAACUCCGCCUUAACUGAACAUGUCGGAAUUAAUAAUUCAUUUUAUUUAUUGUACGCGAAGGAAAUAGAAGAGACUGUAAACUGUAAACUGGGUAUUAUCCUGCUGUGUCAUUGCUCAUAUGGAGAACGUAAUUUCUGAAUUUCUAUCCCUUCCCUCUGAUGGUUACAUGUCAAAACACCAGAAAUUAGUCGCUUGAUUUACUUUUUCUAAUUCUUUUUUUUUUCCAGCAUUGUUCAUGGCACCUUUAAUUUCUCUCCGACCUCUUCUCUUUCUGAUGUUGUUUUUUUUGUUUCCCCAUGCGAAUGAGGAUGCUGUUUAUGAACUUUUUGGGAAGCGGUUUCACUAUUCAUGUAAAGUUGAAUACAUCAAGAUGCUGAAGGUCAUAGUGUUGUAUGUUCUUAAGUAUUAGCUGAUUUAGAUCUGCUGGUUAAGAAAAGUGCUACCAUCUGGAAAUUUGGAUAUGGUUGGCCACCGACUCAAUUUGUGCUCUAGCUGAUUGGUGUUUGGUAGGAUUUUAAUAUGCGAAUCCAGCUACUAGUUGGUUCUGUGGGAUAAAAGAAUUUGUCAUUGUUUUGCAACAGAUAAAUGACUUAAAAUCAGAGGAACUAUUAACAAGUCGUGUGCUGAUAACCUGCUUGAGCAGACCUUUCUUGUUUUUCGGUUCCUUGAUGCUUUUGAAGAGGAAACUGAAGUGACUAAAAUGUUUCAGGAUCUGACCAAUAAAUGUUUUAGUAUUUUCUUGGACGAUUUUAUCUUUCUCUGGAUGAAAUAAAAAACUAUAUCUUAUCCUUGGCUGACCCUAUCCAAUGGUGUGACUAAAAUCUAAUGAUGAAGGUUAUGUGGUUAUAUGAGAAUUGAGAUGAUAUAUGGGGCAGAAGGUCUGGGCUAAAUUUACUCUAUCGAAUCAGAUAAUUGGUUUGCUUAGUCAUCUAAUCUCAGAAAAUUUUCAGAAGCCAUCUGUUAUUGGUAUGGAAAGAUUUGUCGUCUGAAGGUGGUUUCUUAGUACUGGCUGCUUUGAUGUUUUGUUUUCUUGGUCUCAUAUCCCUUACUGUAAUUAUUAUCAAAGUGAGAGAUAGCUGGUUUUCUCAUUUGCUAGUUUCACACUGGUGUUUGAGAAUUGUCAGCUUGAUUCUAUGAUGAUGAAAACAUUAAAGUGGUGCAAUCCUUUGGCCAAGAUUUAUGAUAGUGUGCAAAAUACAGAUUUGGAGAUCAAUAACCAUUUCAUGCUUUUGAGUGGACAUCGCAUUCUUGAUUUUCAUUUUGCUGGGAUGAAGUCAGAGUUCCCUACUUUUUCAGGCAUGAUUGGAAAGUUGUCCGUGCUGGUUUCUGUUUAGCAGUUAAUGUGGCUAGAAAUUGGACUAGCGAUGGCAGGCUUAGCAGUUCAGACAUUUUCCGAUGAAUUGGCCAAACUGCAUCUGCAGUCUUUAGUUUGACAUGUUUUCCCCAUUGUAUGAUGUCAAUUUAAGAGGAGCUGAAUUGUAAAUUUCAGUUUGGAGGCCCUUUCUGAUCAGUUGUUUUCUUCUCUGUUGAGUUUGUUACGACACCAUGCAGUGGACCUUGUGGAAAUUUUUGUCAUUUGUACCUGCCAGAGCUUUAAAAGCCUCUGAUGCUGGACUCUGUUUUCUUUUAUGACGCCGAACAUUAUGAAUUUCUAUUUGCUGGGUAUAGUACUGCAGCAGAGCAAUUGGAUCUGAAGCUAAAUUUGUGUUCCUAUAGGUACAGUGUUGCAGGAUGGGACUUUAUUCAAUGAGUGAUCUAGAGCAAGGGAUUUAGGUUGUCGCAACCUGAGAGCGACCUGAGAGAUUAUGGAGCUGCCUUGAUGUAGUUUUACGUUCAUUUAUUUUCAUCCUUUGCCCAUCGCUUGAAGUUAUUCCUCAAGAUCAGCCAAGAAUCCUGCUAUUUUGUUUUCUUUUUUAUGGUGUGCUAGUUCCCCUCAUUUUAUACUUGUUGACAGUUAUUUGUGUUAGCAGAGUUUGAACUCCUCAAUUAUUGAUUAUAUUGAAUGCUAAGAAGGGGGUUAAAUAUGUACCUAGUUAUGUAUGGUCGCCGUGCAAGAUAUCGUCAUCAUCAAGUUUUCUAGUACAGCCUCUUUUUCCACGAACUGAUGGGAGCUCAAUCACAGAAUAAGUUGGCAUCCAUUGCUUGAAAUUUUACUGUGUCCUGGUGGUGAGCCUUGCUUACAUCUCCUAGAGCAACAUGAUGGAAGAUCUGUUACUUAAGGAUUCAUCUUUCUUUGGACUUAUUCCAUCUAUAUCACAUCACAUCACAUUUUGGUAUUGAUCAUGUGACAGCAAGAUGACCAUAAAUUUCUUGAGUUCCUUGAAUGUAUUAUUUGUUGAGAUUAACAAACCCCUUAGUUGGAGAAAUACAUAUAUCCAGUGAAGUGUUUGUACUGGGUUUUUCAAGUUAACGUUGACUUUUGAGUUCCAUUUUGGAUGCAUGACUGCACAGAAGCCCAUGUAUCCAUUUUUUUGUUGGAAUUGUUCCUUUUGAAUAGAAGGGAGUAGAGGUCUAAAACACUCCCACUUCAGAAGAUAGAGCUAAAGACCUGCAGGUUCUAUUGUUUUGUUAAGGAAUUAUGUAACAUGUUGCAAUGAGUUCUCCAUAAAUGGAAGAAAAAAAUCAUGUUGGAAAAAAAUACAGGACGCCGUCGUGGUUUUGGGUUUAUUACGUUUUCAGAUCGCCGGGGAAUGGAUGAUGCAAUCAGAGAGAUGCAUGGACAGGAAUUGGGAGAACGAAUCAUUUCAGUGAACAAGGCUGAACCUAAAAUGGGAGAAGAUAUUGACCAUGGUUACAGGGGGGCAGGCUACUCAACUGGUGGCAGAGGGGGUAGCUAUGGGGGUGGGGGAGGAGAUAAAUCUGCGAGGCAAGAUGAAUGCUUCAAAUGCGGGCGUCUUGGACACUGGGCCAGAGAUUGUCAUUCAGUGGGUGGUGGUCGAGGAAGAGGAGAUUCAUUUCUUGCACGUUCCCGGCUGGGGGAUAGUGAUCGUGGGGAUCGCUUCGCUGGAGAUAAUAAUCGAUAUGUGGAUGAUCGUUAUGAAGGUGGGCGUUUUGGAGAUAGAGAUCGUUUUGAUAGCAGCAGGGAUAACAAGUAUGCGAGUCGUGAUCGCUACGUUAGUGACAGGUACCCACCCAGUGGAGAUCGCUUUGGAAGCAGUGGGUAUAAUAACGACUCUGAUCGAUUUCCUGUAAAUGGGUAUGGCAAAGAUAGGGGCUAUUAUAGAGAUGGAUUUCCUGUAAAUGGGUAUGGCAAAGAUAGGGUCUAUUAUAGAGAUGGCGGGCCUCGUGGCAUCGAUAAGUAUGGAAGUGGAGGUCCAGCACGUGACGAGGGAAGAAGCUACAGAAACAGACCAGCUCCUUAUGAUCGCCCUAGCCGAGCUGGGCGGCCAUCAUCAUUUGACCGUUAUUGAAUGUAUAUCGUUAGCACAUCGUCGGAUUUAUCUAGUACUCAAUGCUCAGUGUUGUGCUGUUAGUUAUAUCUAGGAUCUAGUUGCAGAACCAUGGCCUGACAGAUUAUUGCAGUUUCGUUUAGCUUUCAUGUAUCAAGUUUUUCUUCAGGGUUUCAGACAAAUGCUCCAAAGAACAAUGAAUGGAGAGUGAACAGAUGUUUAAGUUGACCAUUUUGUGACUCAAAUGUUGAGCUGAAUCUUGGAGCGAGCGGGCAUUAGAAGGUUGGUCGACGGCUUGAGGCUCUCUUGAUUCAUAAUCAAUAAAGAAAUUAGUUAAGACAGGUGUAGAAGGGAGAGGCAGCAUAUACAAAUAAUUAGCUGCCCCCUCUUCUCUGCAAGCAAAGAGCUAUCACAGAGGGGGAGUAAAAAUGACUGGAAAUUGACCUCUCAAAUGGGCAUCAAUGGUGGAAUUUGAAGAGAAGCUUCACUCAACUGUCGGCCUAUCAGUUAGCGUGAAAGAGAGAGCGGCUUUAAUGGCAGAAAAAUGGGUCGGCUUGGCCCACAAUUAUUCACUUGAGAUUCUUCUCAAUUGGGAUUU